CAACUUUUAUGUGGAUGAGGCAUGUUAUGAGGAAUGUUUAACGACAUUGAAACUUCAAAUUAAUCAGUGACCAGUUUAGUGUGUUUGUUCGAGGAGUUGAUGGAAACCCAAAGACUGUUGGAUUCUACAUUGGCAGUGGGAAAAGAGGCAACAUUGUCUGUGUUAAUGGAGAUCACCUGUUGAACAUGCCCGAAAAACACAAGUUGGUUGCUAGAUGCUAUGAGGACUUUAUUCGGCAGUCACCUCUGCAGCCUUGUAUUGUAUUCCAUGAUGGAGGGUACUGGCGAGAGAUUACAGUGAGGACUAAUGCAGCAGGUAACACCAUGGCCAUUGUUUAUUUUCACCCUCAAUGCCUAACCACAGAAGAUAUUUGUAUUCACAAAAAUGCUCUUGUGGAGUACUUCACAAAGGGUCCAGGGUCAGUUUGUGAUCUGGACUCCUUUUACUUUCAGGAGAGCUCUAUGACCCAUUGCAGCCACCAGGAGUCUCCAUACCAGCUCCUUCAUGGGCAGCCACAUAUCCAUGAGGAAGUGUUGGGCUAUACGUUUCGUAUUUCUCCAGAUGCAUUCUUUCAAGUGAACAGGGCAGCAGCAGAGUGUCUCUAUCAGACUGUAGGGGAUCUCAGCCACACCACUAGAAGUGACACUCUACUGGAUGUCUGUUGUGGAACAGGUGCCAUUGGGAUAUCCAUGUCCUCCAGGGUGCAAAAAGUUAUUGGCAUUGAGAUUAUCGAACAGGCAGUGGAGGAUGCAAAAUAUAAUGCUUUGCUCAAUGCAGUGUCUAACUGUGAGUUUUUAGUUGGAAAAGCUGAAGUAGCUGUACCCAAACUCUUACCUUCUCUUGGGUCUGAGGGUGGACUCACUGCAGUGGUUAAUCCAUCCAGGGCGGGACUUCAUUAUCGAGUGAUCAGAGCCCUCCGUAACCACCCCACCAUUCACAGACUUGUAUACAUAUCUUGCAAACCGGGUGGAGAGGCAAUGAGAAACUUCCGAGACUUGUGCUGCAGCUCUGAGCAACAGAGGAAACUCACUGGAAAGCCAUUUGUACCCAAGGUAGCCAUCCCUGUGGACAUGUUUCCACAGACGCUGCACUGUGAACUGAUUCUUGUCUUUGAAAGAUAAGACUGGACAUACAACACUGAGAAUUAGCUUGGAUGAAACCUCCUGUCUAGCAUGGCAUCUGUAACACUUUUAAACAUUACAGUAAAACUGUGCUGUAUACUUAUUUAUUCACAGAAAAUAUUAAUUAUCACAGUUUAACAGGGUAGAGAAAUUACUAUUUAAAACCCUGCAUCCACAUUGCAGGAUUUACUUUUACAUAAGCUGUAAUAAAGUGUAUAGCUUAAAACUGUGAAUCACUGUUUUUGAAUAAAGUAAAAACACAAAGAUU